AUGCUGUUUACUAAUAUCUCCUCUCUCUAUCGUUUUCUCACACUUUCUUUUUCUCUUUUCUACCCCCCUUUUCAUCUUUCCUUCUCUCUCUCUCAUCUUCUUUUCUCUUUCUUCUUUUUCCUCUUUUUUUCUUCUUCUCUUCUUUUUCCUCUUCCUCUCUUCUCCUUUUUCCUCUCUUUUUCUUCCUCUCUUCUUCACUCUCUCUCCUUCUUCCUCUCUUCUUCACGCUCUCUCUCCUUCUUCCUCUCUUCUUCACUCUCUCCUUCUUCCUCUCUUCUUCACUCUCUCUCCUUCUUCCUCUCUUCUUCACUCUCUCCUUUCUCUCUUCACUCUCUCUCCUUCUUCCUCUCUUCUUCACUCUCUCCUUCCUCUCUUCAGUCUCUCUCCUCCUUCCUCUCUUCACUCUCUCUCCUCCUUCCUCUCUUCACUCUCUCUCCUCCUUCCUCUCUUCACUCUCUCUCCUUCUUCCUCUCUUCUUCACACUCUCUCCUUCUUCCUCUCUUCUUCAUUCUCCUUCUUCCUCUCUUCUUCAUUCUCUUUCCUUCUUCCUCUCUUCUUCACUCUCUCCUUCCUCUCUUUACACUCUCUCCUUCUUCCUCUCUUCUUUACUCUCUCUCCUUCUUCCUCUCUUCACUCUCUUUUUCUUCCUCUCUUCUUCACUCUCUCUCCUUCUUCCUCUCUUCUUCACUCUCUCCUUUCUCUCUUCUUCUCUCUCCUUCUUCCUCUCUUCUUCUCUCUCCUUCCUCUCUUCCUCUCCUCCUUCCUCUCUUCCACUCUCUCCUUCUUCCUCUCUUCACCUCUCUCCUUCUUCCCCUCUUCUUCUUCACUCUCUCCUUCUUCCUCUCUUCUUCACUCUCUCUCCUUCUUCCUCUCUUCUUCACUCUCUCCUUCUUCCUCUCUUCUUCACUCUCUCCUUCUUCCUCUCUUCUUCAUUCUCUUUCCUCCUUCCUCUCUUUACACUCUCUCCUUCUUCCUCUCUUCUUCACUCUCUCUCCUUCUUCCUCUCUUCUUCACUCUCUCUCCUUCUUCCUCUCUUCUUCACUCUCUCUCCUUCUUCCUCUCUUCUUCACUCUCUCCUUCUUUUUUCUCUCUUCCUCUACUCUUCUCUCUUUAAUUUCAGUGAAUGUUGGGGGAAUAGGGAUAUGUAUGAAUCAAAAGUAUAUUGUAGAAAUCUCUCUUUCUCUCUCUCUUUUCCUUUCUCUCCUUUCCAUCUUUAUCUUCCUUCCCUCCUGCUAUUUAUCUUUCUUUCUCUUUCUCUCAUCAUUUUGUAGAAAUCCUCUCCUUUUUCUUUCUCUCAACUUCUUUUUUAUCUUUCCUUCUCUCUCUCUCUCUCUCUCUCUCUCUCUCUCUCUCAUAAAUCUGCCUCUCUUUUUAUUUAUUUCUCUUCCCCCCCCACUCUCUCUCUCUCUUUAUCUUUCCUCCACCUCUCUUCUCUCUCUAAUAUAUGUUCAUGUGCAAAGUAACUCUUUCUUUCUCUCUCUUUCUCUCCCACCCUCUUUAACUUCCCUUCCUCUCUUUCUCCCUCAUAUAUACCUGUCUCUCUUUUUCUUCAUCUUUCUUCACACUCUCUCUUUAUCUUUACCUUUCUCUCUCUCUUGCUUUAAUGUAUGUCUAUGUGUGAGGGUAAAUUUGGUUAGGUAUAAAUCUUGUACAUACUUAUCAUCAUUUUAUUUCAUCUCUCUCCAUUCACUCUCUUUAUCUUUGUUUGUCUCUCUCUCUUCAUAUCUCUUUUUUUUCUAUAAUGUAUGUUUAUGUAUGAGGGUAAAUUUGAUUAUGUAUAAAUCUUGUAAAUAUUUUUCUCUUUUUUUCUUUAUCUCUUUUUCCCCUCUCUUUUUUCUUUUUUUCUCUUUCCUUAUUUACCUUUCCAUCUAA